UCGCCGUUUCUCUUCCCCCAAAUCCCCCACCCACCCCACCCCAAAACCCUCGCGGCGUUGCGCUCCCACCAGCAACCAACUGCAGACACUCUUCUCCGGCGGCGGAGCGGGAGUUCGGCGCGCGCCCGAGGGAGCGAGCGAGAUGGACCGUCCUGCGGCCGGCUCGUCGUACCAGCGCUUCCCCCGCGUCCGGAUCCGCGAACUCAAGGACGACUACGCCAAGUUCGAGCUCCGUGACACCGACGCCAGCAUAGCCAACGCCCUCCGCCGCGUCAUGAUCGCUGAGGUCCCCACCGUCGCCAUCGACCUCGUCGAGAUCGAGGUCAACUCCUCCGUCCUCAACGACGAGUUCAUCGCGCACCGCCUGGGGCUCAUCCCCCUCACCUCCGCCGCCGCCAUGCAAAUGCGCUUCUCCAGGGACUGCGACGCCUGCGACGGUGACGGCUCCUGCGAGUACUGCUCCGUCGAGUUCAACCUCUCCGCGCGCGCCACCGACUCCGACCAGACGCUCGAGGUCACCUCCAACGACCUGAGGUCCGCUGACCCCAAGGUCUGCCCCGUCGACCAGGCACGCGCCUACCAGCUGGCGCUCAGCGGCAACGACUACGACCCCAACGCCGAGAGGGGAAUACUUAUUGUAAAGCUGCGUCGGGGCCAAGAAUUGAGGCUUCGUGCCAUUGCUAGGAAAGGAAUUGGCAAGGACCAUGCCAAAUGGUCACCAGCUGCUACCGUGACUUUCAUGUAUGAGCCUGACAUACUUAUCAAUGAAGAACUUAUGGAUACAUUGACUUUUGAUGAGAAAAGAAGCUGGGUCGAAAGCAGUCCUACAAAAGUAUUUGACCUUAGUGCUAAUGGAAAGGUGACGGUGUGUGACGCCGAGGCAUACACCUACGACGACGAGGUGAUCAAGAAGGCGGAGGCCAUGGGAAAGCCAGGCUUAGUGGAGAUCAACGCAAAGGAGGACAGCUUCAUCUUCACCGUGGAAACAACUGGUGCCAUCACAGCCUAUGAGCUGAUCAUGAACGCGAUCACGGUCCUGCGGCAGAAGCUGGACGCCAUCGGCCUCCAGGACGAUGACGGCGACCUUGGCGAGCUUGGCGCCCACCUCGGCGGGCCUUAAGUGCUCCCUCCCCUGUCCCCCAUGUAGGCUCAUCUAACUGCCGUGCUAGUCGAAUAGCCUGAUGCCCCCUCUGUUUUUCCGAGUCUCCAGACUAUGGAUUUCCAAACCAUUUGGUGCUGCGGUGUUAUAGCCUCUGCGCUCCCCUUGUUUCUGCUUCUGACCUUUGUGUCUGUGCCGGAGCUUUUCAGCAUGGAUCUGGUUACGUUUAAUCAUGCGCCAUUAAGAGAAAUCGACACAUGAAUUAUGUGGAACAAAAA